AAGCUUAGCACAGUUUCUCUUCCCAGUUGCUUGACGUUGCAAGCCCCUGAAAUAGAAGAUGGCGCCUGGAACUCAAUUCGAGAUAGCGCAACCGCCGAGUGAUGCCAUCUCGGCCAUUGACUUCGCGCCGGAAUCCCCAAACCGAUUCAUCGUUUCGUCUUGGGACAAGCAAGUCUAUCUAUACGAGAUCUCCCCGGAUGACGAUGAGGGGAGUGCCCAGCUUGUCCAGUCAUUCGAGCAUCGCGCACCGGUUUUGGAUGUGUGUUUUGGCGCCAACGACAAUGAAGCUUUCACAGGAGGUGUGGACUACAGGGUGACAAGGAUUGAUCUGGCGACGGGCGAACAAACGGUUCUGAGCACCCAUGCCGAACCCGUCCCGUGUGUGGUCUAUUGCCCAGAGCAGUCCAUUGUUGUUUCCGCCUCAUGGGAUCAGACUCUCCACGUCCACCCUGCCGCAGCCUCUUCGCAGCACCACAUCUCGAUCGAGCUCCCCGGCAAACCUCACGCAGUCGCCGCAAGCCCCAGCAAGCUCGUGGUCGCCAUGACGUCGAGGCUGGUCCACAUCUACGACCUGCCCGCCCUGUCCGAAGCGCUCUCCUCGUCGAGCAGCGGCAGCGGCGGCGCGCCAGCAGACGUGAAGCCGUGGCAGCAGAGGGAGUCGUCGCUCAAGUUCCUCACGCGCGCCGUCUCGUGCAUGCCCAACGACGCCGGCUACGCGACCAGCAGCAUAGAAGGCCGGGUCGCCGUCGAGUGGUUCGAGGACACGGCCGAGUCCCAGGCGCGCAAGUACGCCUUCAAGUGCCACCGGCAGACCGCCCCCGAGGAGGAGGGCGGCGGCGACAUUGUCUACCCCGUGAAUGCGCUGGCAUUCAAUCCCGUGCACGGCACUUUCGUCUCGGGCGGCGGCGACGGGACUGUGGCUCUGUGGGACGCCGAGGCCAAGAGGAGAAUGAGGCUGUACCAGAAUUUCCCCGACAGCGUCGCGGCAAUGGGGUUCUCCAACGACGGCCGGUUUCUGGCCGUUGGUGUGUGCCCUGGCUUUGAGACUGGCAUGGAGGAUUACAGCGCCGACGGCCAGACCAAGUUGUUUAUAAGGGAGCUGGGCGAAACGGAGGCAAAGGGUAAAGGUUCGAAAUGAUUUCUACGCACUUACUGACCUCGUUAUUGUCGGCGGAGAUCAUGGCGUUGGGGCGAUUUUAACUAAAAGGGAGCGGAAGACAUGAGUUGGGAGAUAUGGCCUAGGUUUCAGCAAAGCUAUCUUGUGUGGCCAUAAACCAUCCAGGGGGGAACUAGGUAGCCUCUCUCCCUCAAGGUCACUGACUCGCAGAAUACAAUGAUCAUCGGACCGCAUUCUAUGCGAUUCAAUUGUGC